UGUGGACAGCGCCACACGCCCCCCGAACGACAACGGCUCUUGCGUGCGUUUUCCAGUGCUGCUUUUGUCAGAGAGCCCAGCAGAGCCACGGGUCCUCCAGAGCCAGCGCUGAGCUGAGUGAGGAGUGCCCCGCAGAGAUGGUGAAGAUGACAAAGUCCAAAACUUUCCAAGCCUACCUGCCGAACUGUCACCGAACGUACAGCUGUAUCCACUGCAGAGCCCACCUGGCCAACCACGACGAGCUCAUCUCCAAGUCCUUUCAGGGAAGUCAGGGACGAGCCUACCUCUUCAACUCCGUGGUGAACGUGGGCUGCGGCCCCGCCGAGGAGAGGGUCCUUCUCACCGGGCUGCACGCGGUCGCGGACAUCUACUGCGAGAACUGCAAGACCACGCUCGGGUGGAAAUACGAGCACGCCUUCGAGAGCAGUCAGAAGUAUAAAGAAGGGAAGUUUAUCAUUGAGCUUGCUCACAUGAUCAAGGACAAUGGUUGGGAGUAAAGUGAGAACUUUCCAUUCUCUUUGGAAUCCUAUUUUGUGAGAGAAACUGUGAGUGUGACGGAAACAGAAACAUUCUGGAUGGCAGUGUCUCUUGAACUUUAACCCCACAAGCCAGCUGCGCACAGGGCUCGACUGGCGCAGGCCUCUCGGCUGUUUCCUUGGGAGGGGCCCCCAGCCUCCGUCCUCUUCGAGCACGCACUUGUUUCUGAAAUCUUCCAUGACUUUGACCUUUUUCUAGCUUCUCAAAGCUCUAGAGAAAGACUUAACCACCUGAUGACU